AGGGAAGAAAAAAAAAUUCGCAAAAUUGAGAAGUACGCGUUAGAAAUCUCAGUUUCUGAUGGAAAAGGUGAAAGAAGCGAAAGGCUACUGAAAUUCAACAGCUCGCGACCGCUGAAAACUGAGAAGAGAAAGGAAAGCAAUGGCGAUUAAUCUGCUUCUCUUAGCUGCCGUUUUGUCGUCGGUCUUCCUUCUCGGCGAACCGAAAUCUGCAAACAACAACUCGAUCAGCGAAUUGCGGAAGGCUAAGAUCAAGGUUGCUAAAUUAGAAUCUGCUCUAGAGGAAAAUGUACGGAAUUUAGAUGCUAGAAACCUUUAUCUGGAGCAACAGGAGAAGCUAAUUGAGGACAUGGACACGAAGAUUCGUGAUCUGCGGUCUUCUUUGUUAGGCAUUAAGGAUGACUCAUUAUAUGCUGAAGAGAGUCUAAUUGCACUGAAAGAAGAGGUACGACUUCUAUGGGCAGCUUCUAGAAAGAACAACUUUGAUCUUCAUGUUUUGAAAUUACAAGCAAAAGAUACUGCGGCUGAAGUGGAAUUGGCUACUUCACAAGUUGAAAAGAUGAAUGACAUCGUAACUGAACAAUGGAUUCAAAUUCAACAGCUAGAGCAGGCUCUUCAUAUUACUGAGAUGAGAACAUUGAAUGCUCGAAAGCAAGUGAGUUCUAGGAGGUGCUCAUUUCUGAAGUUCAUCUAUCAUGUGUCUGAAAAUCAUCUCUCAGAAGUCUUUGGGGCAGUAGAUUUCCACUCAACUGGCAAAAGGCCUAUUUGGGAAACCUAUCUGUCUGAAGCUGUGCACCAUUUUGAACAAUUCUACUUAACAGUAAAGAAGUAUCACCAUGAGUUGCAACGACUUGUGAAACAAGAAAUGGAAAGGCAUGACUCAACUGCAACCCUUGCCAAUGCGGAGCUGGUAUUUUUUUUGGCUUCUGCCUUGAUCACCUUUCCAGUAUUUGGUGCUUGGUUAUUUCUCUUAUCAAGGUUAAGCUAGUUGAGGGACCUCUCUUGAUGAAAUCUGGUAGUCUGUACUGUCAUGGACGAGGAUUCUGUUCAUCCUAGUCCCGUCCAUCUAUGGGUUUUUUUUUUUUUUUUCUAUCCUACUUUUUUUUGUUUGUUAAAAGCAUAGACUCCAAUUCGCUCUCUUCAGAUGGCUCCCUCGGCUCCUCUUCAUAUGGUUGAUAUCUGGUAAUGUUUGAUCCUCACAAUGGAGUGAUGGACAUCGGUUUCUAGGUUUGUUGCUUAGGUCCAACCAAAUAUUGUUGCAUCAUAUGCACUUAAAUAACAUAUUCAUGAUUCGAGUAAUUCGUAAGAUUUCCUAUACUUAACAGUCAA